CCAAACGAUAAGCGCAAUGCGACAUCGUAUCGUUCUGAUUCAUUCCCCCAAAACACGGUCAUCGUUCGGAUAAGGACCAACCCCUUCUCCUUCUUUAAAUAUAGUCUCCGUUUUUGAACAGUCAUUCUUAUCUAUUUUUUCUAUUGUUAUUGAUUUCCUAUAUAUUUGAAAGCUUCAAAUCCACUUUUCACAAACCAAACAGACCAAUUCCUGAUUGAUUCAGCUGGCUUUGCCCAUUGUUUUUCUUCUUCGAUUUGAAUUGAUUUCUGGGUGUUGUUGGAUUGCGUUGGGUUUAAGCGAAUUUUUUGAUCGUUUAAUGUUUGAUUGAUUGUCGCAAUGACAACUGCUGUUGGAAUUAUUGGUGGAAACGGGUCGUCUUGCUCGAAUUCUUGGAUUAAUUUGAAGGACAGAAAGAGAAGGACGAUGAGAGAUCGUGUGAUGAUUUGUUGUGUUGCCUCCUCUCCGUCUUCGGUGAUGGAUCCUUACAGGACUCUUCGGAUCCAACCUGGAGCUUCCGAAUCUGAGGUUAAGAAAGCGUUCAGAAAGCUGGCUUUGCAGUAUCAUCCGGAUGUUUGUAGAGGAAGCAACUGUGGAGUUCAAUUUCAUCAGAUCAACGAAGCCUACGACAUGGUGAUGAGUAAUCUGAGAGAAGACAUAGAUGAGCCAAGAAUGGCAUAUGAGCCGUGUGAUCAAGGAAUAGAUGAGCCGAUGAGAGGGAUGAACGAUCCAGAUUGGGACAUGUGGGAAGAGUGGAUGGGAUGGGAAGGAGCUGGAAUUCGCGACUAUUCGUCGCAUAUUAACCCUUACCUUUGAAGUAAAUUGUGAAUUAAUCAAUGUUAUAAUAAAAAAUUAGACCCAAAUAUUAGUAGCUGAAGUUGGCUGCUUGUAUAGGUAAAAGACUUGGGUCUAAACCCUAAUGUUAUUGUCAAUUUCUGCACAUAUGAUGUACGCUGGCUUCAAACUUAUAUCUUUGCUUACUAUUGGAGAUGACAAGGUUGUAAGGUUCUGCCAGAAUUAAAUCCAAAUCCAUUGCCAUCGUUAUCUUUA